AUGACUUUCUCUAACAAAUGUCCAAUACUGCUUGCUUUGUUCAUUGUCCCAUACAGUGAGCUUGUCUUCUCUGCUUCCCUUGAUGCAACCGAUGAUAGUAUUUUCCAUUGGCCAAAGAUUACAGUUAUCAUUUACAACGAUCUCGAAGAAGGGGUAAAUCUAAAUGUUCAUUGUAAAUCAAGGAACGAUGAUCUUGGAAAAAAUGUGAGUGGGGUUUAUGACACCUAUGUUGCAGGUAGGGAUAUUUGCAAUAAAUGUGUUUGGAAAGCCAAAAAAGAUGGAUUGCAUGGAUAUGAAGAUUUUGGUUCUGAUCUAGAGAGUUUUUUCUUUAAGUGGGGUAAAACACCAGCAAUACAAGAUAUUAAUGUUGGUGAGAAAAAGAAUUGA